CCGCAGGAGGAGGGAGCGGCGACAGCCACCGACAACUUCUGGACAUUAUUUAACUUUUGUCAAGACCACCCAGCGACAUUUUGGGCUUCUUUAUCCCGCAACAUGACUCCUCUCACUCCCCAAAUGCGGUUUGUCAGGUGCGUUUUAACGGCUGGCGGGCGGAAGUGAGAGAAGGGGGAAGUUGUUGAGGAAUAUAGCUAGGAAAAAAAUAUCCCCCCCUAAAAAAAGAGAUAUUUCUUCUGUCAAGUUCAAGUCAAAGCUCGACCCCCUGGGAGGAAGGGGAGUCCUGGAGUUUGGGGGGUAUGGACACCCACGUCAAAGAAGGACAACUUUAUGUACAGCAUCAAAAGUUUGGAAAGAAAUGGAAGAAGAAUUGGUUCGUCCUCUAUCCCGCCAGUCAGAAUGGCAUCGCCCGCCUCGAGUUCUACGAUUCGCCGUCAGGUGGAGGAGGCGGAUCCGGCGGCGGCGAGAAAACCAAUGAGAAAACCAGGAAGCUGGACAAGAAGAUCAUCCGCCUGUCAGAAUGCAUAUCCAUCCUGCCAGCACUGACCGAGACCUGUCCCAAAGAAAACAUGGCGGCGUUUUGUGUGGAGACCAACGACAAGACCCAUGUGUUUGCUGCCGAGAAGAGCGUCACCACAGAAUGGGUGGAAAAGAUGUGUGAGAUUGCAUUUCAGGGAGGAAGUGGAAGCUGCAGCAGUGCUGCAGACUCUAAUGGAGGACACCAGGACCUGCAGAUGUCUGAGAACCUCAUCUACUACUCCAGAGAGGAGGUGAAUGAGUUCUGGGUGAGUGUGCAGCGGACUGAGGCUUCGGAGCGAUGCGGGCUGUCAGGGAGCUACUGGCUGAAAGCCGACAGUGACGUGUUGGCCCUCAAGGACCCGAAGACCAAGAGGAACAUCCUGGUCUGGCCUUACAAGCUGCUGAGGAGAUACGGACGAGAUCGGGUGAUGUUCUCAUUUGAAGCGGGCCGCCGCUGCGAUUCCGGCCCCGGUAACUUCACCUUUGAGACCAAGCAGGGGAACGAGAUCUUCCUCCUGGUGGAGCAGGCCAUCCAGUCACAGAAGGCGAUGGCCGAGGAGCGCCACCUCAGCUGCCCCAUGAACUUUGACCCCGACUGCCCCCCGUCGCUGCAGCAGCUGCGCAGCAUGGCUGCCACCGGUGGAGGUGUGACGGAUGGUAACAGCUGUAACAGUCGAGAAGCAGACGGGGAUUCAGGCGGCAGCAAACCGGGAUCUGCAGACGGAGUGCUGGGGAGGAGAGAAGGAGGAGAUGGAGGAGGAGGAGGAGGGAGGGGACAGGGAGGAGGACACAAAGGGAGGAGCUUACCAGAGCCUCCACUUGUCAUGGGGCCUUUGGCAGGAGGAAGCACCCCUCCGCGUUCGCCCAUGCCCAGGCAGGGUGCGGGGAAAGCCGGUGUUGUUGGCCCCUCCUCUUUGGAGGAGCAGGCAGGUCUGUAUUCGGAGCCGGCGGACUCGGUGCGCCUGCCUCUGCCCAGCGCCGACUCCCUCUACUCCGACCCCGUGGACAGCAUCAAGGGCCAGAGCCAAGCUGGCAGCAACCCGCCCGCACACCCGAUGCCCACCCCCCGCCUCAGACCAGUGGGGGACGAGGGCUCGGGUGGUGGAGCAGGUCAUCUCCAUGGCAACAGCAACCACAGGAAGCAACCGGCAGAUGUGUAUUCGUACCUGUAUGACCAGGUGAGCUUGGAGUUGAGCCAGAGAACUGGUGCGAUGAAUCUGGACGGGUCUGCAGGUGGUGCCGCAGGAGGACGAGGGGGAGGAGGAGCAGGAGGGAGAGGGGUGAAUACUAACAGACGACCCCCCGGAGGUCAAGCAGAAGGGGCUUCGUCUCCUCCUGUUCCUCCCCUUGAGCACAUUUACGAUGAGCCGGAAGGCCGAGCCAAAGGAGGCGCGGGCACGUCGGCUAAUUCAGCGACGGGUAUUUACGACCAGGCGCAGUACUCACAGCUGUACUCUCCGCCGCACGUGCCCUCGGACGCCCACAAACACUCUCCUCCCCAGCUAGGGCAGAGCCGAGGCGGGCCCCUGCCUCCUGCUCCGAGGUGGCCCAAGCCAACAACUGCCCCAAAGCCAGGCAGGGGCGGUUUUCUUCGGAAGGAUCCGGUACCGCUGCCCCCAGGGAAACCUGGAGGUCCUGGAGGGAACGUGAACAACAAUAAUGGAAACAUUUGGGGAGGAGGAGGGGGUGGAGGAAGGGAGCUGUACAGUAAAGUGUCUAAACAGAAACCCCCCCCUCCUAAUACGUGGUAUAGCCAGCACCCGAACCACCAGGGGCCGCUGAGAUCACCAGAUAUUAUCUACGACAACUUGGGAGAUAUUUGACAUGGAGUUGUUCUGGGAGUCACACCCAUCCUUUGUCCAGGUGUUGCACCACUGAUCACCGCUUGAAGAAGUCGAGUGGUGCUAAUGGAGGAUAGACGUGUCCUAAUCCAGCAGAAAAACAAACUUUUGCGAGAUAUAUUUUUCCUUUCCUUUUGUUUCAAGGACCAGCAUGUCUCCUCUCCUCUCCGAAUUAUUCCAUCUGUGGAGUGGAGUAAUUAUUUGAGAUGCUAGAGGCAUUUGGGGCGGAUUAACUCAAAACUAUGAGAAAACCACAUUAUGGCUCUUAUGCCUGUUCUGCAUUUUGAGACAUGGAGUGCUAUGGUAGAGGAGGCCACCCUCUGUGUGUGUGUUUGUGUGAGUGUGUGAGAGAGAGAGAGACAGGGAGGGAGAGAGAGAGUGUGUUUGUAUGGUCAAAGCCAUAAUUGGUGUACCAAGCCACAGUGUGGUUAGAGCCUGCCACUUCGCUGCACACACGCACAUACACACACUUACACACAGAAAGUGUAUGGAUUUGCCAAACGGAGCUCGGCUCACUGGCUUUGCUCUAACAAGCUCGGAGACUGGGUUUGGCUCUUCUUUCAUAAAGCGUCUGCCAUGCUUAUGAAGUGACUGGGCACUUAACUAGAUCUUAAACCAUGUUUUUUUACACUGCUGUUUUUCUCUGUCUCAGCAAUAUGGACUCAGCAGUGGGACAGUGGGACAGCAAAGACAACCACUUUCUACUCUAAAUAAA